AUGACAGUAUUAAAACAGUACACAGUCGGUGUCUUAGCUCUCCAGGGUGCUUUCAAAGAACAUAUCGAACUCUUACAAGCAGCUACACAGACUUAUUCAGAUCUUAAUUUCAAAUUCAUCGAGGUUAGAACUCCAGAAGAAUUGAUAACAUGUGAUUCCUUAGUGAUCCCAGGUGGUGAAUCUACUGCAAUGUCUUUGAUUGCAGAACGUACUGGUAUGUUUGAACCAUUAUUGAAAUAUAUACAAUCUGAUAAACCUAUAUGGGGAACUUGUGCUGGGUUAAUCUUUUUAGCAAAACAAAUCAUUAAUGGAAGACCUGAACAGAAAAUACUUGGUGCUUUAGAUAUCCAAGUUAAGAGAAAUGCAUUUGGUAGACAACAAGAAUCAUUUGAAUCACCAUUGGAUUUUGGAAGUUUUAUACCUGGUGUUGAUAAUUUCCCAACUGUAUUCAUUAGAGCUCCUGUUAUUUCAAAAAUUUUAGAAACUAGUUAUAAUAAAGAAUUCAUUCCUAUAGAAUCUAUUAUUGAUAAUCAAGAUCAAAAUAUUAUAUAUUCAAACAAUAAAGAUUUCCAAAAUAAUUCACCUGUUCAAGUUUUACAUAAAUUAGAUUCAGGUUUAAUUGUUGCUGUUAGACAGGGAAAGAUAUUAGGUACUUCAUUCCAUCCAGAACUUACAAAUGAUUUUAGAUUUCAUAAAUGGUUUAUUGAUGAAUUUGUAUUGAAGAAUUGA